UGCGCGUUAUUUCCGGAAAGCGUGCGGGGCGCGCUCCGAGGGCCGGCGCGUCGCCGUGCGUCACUCCAGGCUUUCAGCGCAGGCGCCAGCUUUGCGACCGCCGCGCAGCUUUGCGACCGCAUAGCACACUCAUCUUUACCCACGCUUGGCAGCAUGGUCCGCUGCCAAGAGUCCGCCUCGAGUGCUUUCGAGCUAGGACGACCCUGCACGCUCAGCCCAAUGGACGACUGUAUUGAUAUCAAUGGUAUUGACUAUGUAUAUGCAUGGACUGUCUUGACGCAGGUCGUCACGCCGGAGCCGCUAAAUCCGUCCUCGACUGUAGCUCGUUCCACUCGGCAAUUGCCUUGUCGUAGGCGGUGA